UAAGCAUAUGUGAAGAACUACAAAAAAAUAUUGACUGAUUUAUUCCAUGAAAAUGUGAAUAAAUACAUUAGGUUGAAUUUAGAGCAGGCAGUAAUUGGGACGCCAUUUAGAGGAAGGCUGGAAAAAGACCUUUCUAAGAAUGCGGAAGUGGAGCAGUCAAUUCCAAUUGAUCUUUCUUAUUGUACUUCAGUGCAAUGGACAGUUCUAUAGGAUAUGAUUAAGUGGAAUGGAUGGAAACAAUGAAUGUGGCGAGGUGGACUAUUUGCUGCAAGAUGAAGACUCACUCAUAGAAGGAGUCAGCAACCCGGUCUUGUUUGUGGUCAUUCUCAGUGUCACGUUCCUGUGUGGACUGGUAACUCUGCUCUGCAGAAAUGAGCAGCAUAACAUCCACCCAGAGAACCAGGAACAUGUCCGUGCCGUCCGGCAACAGCUACAGUCCGAAUCUCAGGAAGCUGAACCAGCUGAACCCAGGCGACAGUUCUAUACAGACAUGUCCUGUCCAGUGUGUCUACAGCAGGCCGUGCUGCCUGUGGAAACCAACUGUGGCCACCUCUUCUGUGGUUCUUGUAUAAUUGCGUAUUGGAGAUAUGGGACAUGGUUCGGUGCAAUCAAUUGUCCCAUCUGCAGACAAAUGGUGACCCUGUUGUUCCCGCUCUUCCACGAGCAAGUGUCCCCUCAGCAGGUACAGGAUGGAACGGUUGAACCGCUUCUCAUCCUCCGGGAUCUCGGCGACUACAACCGCAGGUUCUCCGGACAACCCAGAUCUCUGAUGGACCGGCUGCGUGACGUCCCCACGUUGCUACGCCACCUCUUCAGGGAGAUGUUCUCCGUAGGGGGCCUGUUCUGGAUGUUCCGGAUCCGUGUCCUGCUGUGUCUGAUCGGGGCUCUGACCUACCUGAUCUCCCCUCUGGACUUCAUCCCCGAGGCUCUGUUCGGUCUGCUAGGCUUCCUGGAUGACUUCUUCAUCAUCUUGCUUCUGUUCAUCUAUAUCUCUAUCAUGUAUAGAGAGGUGGUGACCCAGAGACUGGCAGGGUGAUGGAGAGAGGUGGUGACCCAGAGACUGGCAGGGUGAUGGAGAGAGGUGGUGACCCAGAGACUGGCAGGGUGAUGAAGAGAGGUGGUGACCCAGAGACUGGCAGGGUGAUGGAGAGAGGUGGUGAAGAGAGGUGGUGACCCAGAGACUGGCAGGGUGAUGGAGAGAGGUGGUGACCCAGAGACUGGCAGGGUGAUGAAGAGAGGUGGUGAAGAGAGGUGGUGACCCAGAGACUGGCAGGGUGAUGGAGAGAGGUGGUGACCCAGAGACUAGCAGGGUGAUGGAGAGAGGUGGUGGACCCAGAGACUGGCAGGGUGAUGAAGAGAGGUGGUGACCCAGAGACUGGCAGGGUGAUGAAGAGAGUUGGUGACCCAGAGACUAGCAGGGUGAUGAAGAGAGGUGGUGACCCAGAGACUGGCUGGGUGAUGAAGAGAGGUGGUGACCCAGAGACUGGCAGGGUGAUGAAGAGAGGUGGUGACCCAGAGACUGGCAGGGUGAUGGAGAGAGGUGGUGACCCAGAGACUGGCAGGGUGAUGAAGAGAGUUGGUGACCCAGAGACUAGCAGGGUGAUGAAGAGAGGUGGUGGACCCAGAGACUGGCAGGGUGAUGAAGAGAGGUGGUGGACCCAGAGACUGGCAGGGUGAUGAAGAGUGUUGGUGACCCAGAGACUGGCAGGGUGAUGGAGAGAG